GGUUGCUCGGGUGAGGCUGUGCCGUUUUUGGUGUCGUAAUCACGUGUGGAUCUAUGUACACUUUAAAAACGAGGGUGACUAAAAAAAUCAUGCUCUAAUUGGAUUUAGUUUGUGAAAAUUACUCAUAAAAUGCUACCGAGUGAAAAUUGUGAUGAAUGUUGGAACGCCAGGGAUUUAAUUGGAUUUUUAAUUGAAAACUGCGGCGUUAACGAGGUACGGUUUAUCGCUUCCCUAACAGAAUUGAAAAAGAGUUAGAGGUGUGGACGUUAUGACUAAAUUCUCGACUAAAUUUAAAAGUCGGUAUUGCGCCCCAAACUUCACCGUUAAGACUACCAGUGUUGCAGUGUAAAAAUAAUGAUGCUCCGAGUGAUGCUCAUUGACAAUCAAGGCUUGUAUACCGGCAGUUGACAAGAUGUUGCCCCUUGGAUGCGUCGUGCGGUCCAAAGUAUUAACGUCAUCUUCAACCAGACGAAAUAUUGAACCACUUCAGUUUCACCAGAAGCAAUGUUUAACCAUGAUUGCGCCGCUUCAACAUUCCCAAACUCGUCCCAAUCGAUGCAGACGAAAGUGAUCAACUGUUAGCGACUCGAAUAAACUUAUGUGUAGUGGAAAAUCGGACACGAUGAAGUGCUUUUUAUUAAUCUUAGUGACGGUAGCGUCGUCUCUCGCCGAAAACUCGAUCAUAUCCUCCAGCCAUUCGGAGAUGUCCGAAGGCGAAGGGCGCUGCGAGGAAAUUACGAUACCGAUGUGCCGCGGAAUCGGUUACAACCAAACUCGAAUGCCGAACGAAUUGAAUCACGACAACCAAGAGGAAGCGGGACUGGAAGUGCACCAAUUCUGGCCGCUGGUCGAAAUCAAAUGCUCGCCCGACUUAAGGUUCUUCCUUUGCUCAAUGUACGCACCUAUCUGCCUAAAAGACUACCUAAAACCUCUUCCUCCGUGCCAAAACCUAUGCAAGCGCGCCCGAGACGGGUGCGAACCCCUCAUGCAGCAAUACGGAUUUAAGUGGCCCGAGCGCAUGGAGUGCGAGCAGUUUCCGAUUUACGGCGCCUCGCAAGAAGUGCUCUGCAUGGAUCAGAACAAAAACGAGCCGACGCACAAACCAUCAUCAUCAUUUAAAACACCGACGACCCGGCCAAAACACAACAAAGUCUGUAAGAAUUCAAAAAACUGCGCAGAUCCUCCAGGAGAAAAAAUAAAACCACCACCCCGAGGACGGGAUUGCAACUGCACGUGUCAAAUGCCACUAGUUCCCCUGGAGAACACGCCGUACUUCAACAAAAGCAUAAGCGUGGUGGGCGUCGAAAAUUGUGCGUUUCCGUGCAAGGAGACGUUCUUCAAACCGGACGAAAAAGAAUUCGCCAUCGUAUGGAUAACGUUGUGGUCGAGCCUGUGCGCCGCGUCCACCCUAAUGACACUAACCACGUUCCUCAUCGAGACUGAGCGUUUCAAAUACCCCGAACGACCAAUUGUAUUUCUAUCCGCCUGCUACUUCUUGGUAUCCAUGGGAUACUUAGUUCGAGUUGUACUCGGGCACAAAGAGGUCGCGUGCGAUGACCAAAUUAUACGAUAUUCUUCCACGGGGACCAACGCGUGCACCUUAGUCUUUCUUCUGGUCUACUACUUUGGUAUGGCCUCGUCAAUUUGGUGGGUUAUCCUUUCGUUCACGUGGUUCUUAGCCGCGGGAUUAAAGUGGGGUAACGAAGCCAUCGCCAAUUACUCUCAGUACUUCCACUUAUGCGCUUGGAUGAUUCCGACAAUGCAGACGGUGAGCGUACUGUUAUCAGGGGCUGUCGACGGUGAUCCGAUCUCUGGAGUUUGCUACGUUGGAAAUAUGAACAUGGAUAAUUUACGAGUGUUUGUGUUGGCGCCGCUACUGUGCUAUCUAGUUUUGGGAACCACGUUCUUAUUUGCCGGUUUCGUGUCGCUCUUUCGAAUACGCAACGUGAUCAAAAAGCAAGGAGAUGGCGGCUCAAAGGCCGAUAAACUAGAAAAGCUGAUGAUCAGAAUUGGAAUAUUCAGCGUCCUUUAUACUGUUCCUGCGACGAUUGUGAUAGGCUGUUAUCUGUACGAGUGCGCAUUUCACGAUGAGUGGCUGAAGCAUCUGGCGUGCCCCUGUAUGAACAGCGUUUUGUCGGGCGGGCGUCCUAAAGAAGGACCGUUGUAUUCCGUAGUCAUGUUGAAAUACUUUAUGGCUUUGGCUGUCGGAAUCACGUCAGGAGUGUGGAUUUGGUCUGGAAAAACUGUGGAUUCGUGGCGAAGACUGUGGAGGAGACUCGUCGGACAUCCAGAUCGUACGGGGGCCGCCGCCGUGCUAAUAAAAACGCGUCCGGGCAAACCGCCGCCGCAGUAUCUUGUCGCCGGGCCCGGAAGCGCAUCACUUCUCGCGCCGACCGGUAGCGUGGCCUCUGCCAGUCAGCACCACCUCCAUCAUCACGUACUCAAGCAGCCACCGUUGAGCCACGUAUGACAGCCAGGCGAUGGGGCCACACCUGUAGUCGUAACUCACCAAGCUCCUGGCUCUGGACCUUCGUUGAGUAACUACGGGCCUAUUUGAGUGACCGCCUGGGCCCCUCGCCACUCGGUCACAGCUCUCUAGUCUAAAGGUGCCAUCUAAUUAGUUGUUUUAUAUUUGGUGGACACAUUGUUUACUACUCAGUUUGUGUAUAACAGGACUUGUUUAAAUGGAAAUAAUUGAAUAUUUUUGACUAUGAUUUUAAUGAAGUUAUUUGAAAGUUCUGAUUAAAUUAUAUAGGAAGUUUCAUGUUCCCUAACUUACAUAGAUCUUAUGUACAUAUGUUUCUUGUUGUGUCUAUUUACCUCAUCUUACCUCAAAAAUUGGAGGAUUACGCGCACUUGCAUAUAUGAGAAAAUUCUAUGAUAAAAAAAUGUGAGAAAAAAUAUACGUAAAUAUUUUAAUGGGAAAAAUAGGCAAAUAAUAAAUCGAUGUGAUUUGCAUGUCUUUAGGUAGAGUGAUUGUGGGUUAAAUGCUAUGAUGUAAAUGCAAAUAGUCGAAAAAUGCCCUGAAGACUUAACAAUCCACGUGCCAUAGUCGUUUUAUAUUUAUUCGUAGUGCAGAUGGGGAACAUUUUUGCGAUUUACACUUUAGCAUUUAAUUGAAAGAGCGUUUUAUGAUUCCUAAUAUACUUCUUGUAUAAAUCCUAAUAUAUUCUUGUAGAGGUAAAAUAGAUGUAAGUUUUUUAUAUGGAAUAUUUAUUAAUCCACCCAGAUAUCUUUUGUACUUUAUUUGUGUAUAACCAACUUUUUGUACAUACAUUUUUUUAUAUAUAAAUAUUAUGGAAACUGCAAAGCGUGAUGUCAUAAGCAUAAGUAAAAAAUAGUUUUAAAGAAAAGAUCCGUGAUAAUAUUGUAUCCAAAGUAAGUAUGCUUUA